ACUCCGUUAGAGACUAAGGAAGUUCGUCGUUGCUAGUGUCUACUAGUUAUGACAAGUUCGGUGUUCGUGUGACUUGUUUGUUAAUUAAAAAUAUGUUAAUUUCACGAGGCGCACAGAUAUUAAAAACCGCGUCUCUUUUUAAAAAGGUGGAACCUGUUGCAAUAAACUUGAAACAAGUUCGUUAUGAUUGGACUUAUCGAAGUGUACCACAUCCUGAUAGAUGGACCAUAGUACUCGCAGAAUUAACUGGCGGAUUUGGAUGGUGGUGGGUUCUAUGGAAUUUGUGGCAUGAACAUAAAGUUUUACUUCAUGGUGAAGUACCAGGUUCAAUUCCAGAACAUUGGACAGAUGAAGAAUUGGGAAUUCCACCAGAUGAUUAAAUAACAGAGGUAGACAAAUACAAAACCUUUGGGUUUAAUGUAAAUACAAAGUCACUGUUGCAUUUAGUGGAGUUUCAAACAUAGUAUCUAGUACAAUAUCAACCAAAUACAUAAGUUAUUAUUUAACUUCUGUA